GGGCCUUGGGUUAUUCAGAAUCAACCCACAAUUUUUCCUUUUUUGGGUAAGAACCCACAAAUCUAUUUGAUAGAAUACAAGACAUGAGAGGCCAGAAGCAUGGUCCCAAUCGGAUUUUUGGAUCCCUGUCUCUCGAUGCGACGCAUCUCAUGUGGUCGCAAUGUCACCUUUUUUCUUUUAGUUUAAUCACAAUGUCACAUGACGAACUAACUAAUUGGCAUGUCAUACCCACCUGGGUGUUUGCUCCUACUGCUGCAACGCUUCAUUGAAUGUAAAAGCCAUGUCAACCAGAUCCAGGCCCUUAUAAUCACCCACGGCCACCUUCACUUCAAUCCCUCUUGGCAAAAUUCGGAUUUGAAAUGGAUGAACACUCUUCUCUACAACACCUUAAUCAGAGCCCACCUCAAUUUCGGAGACCCUCACAAGGCCAUUGUCCUCUUCACCCACAUGCUUGCCCACCAAGCCCCACCAAACGACCACACCUUCCCUUCCCUCAUCAAGGCUGCCUCUUCCUUGCCAUCCCUGGCUUCCGUCACAGGCAGGCCCGUUCACACACAGGUCAUCAGGCGUGGCUUGUCGCACGACCCGUUUAUACAGACUUCUUUGGUCAGCUUCUACGCACAACUUGGUGAUCUUUCCAAUGCCCGCCAUGUGUUUGAAGAAGUUACCAAACCGUGCAUUGUCGCCUUCAAUUCUAUGCUUGACGCCUUUGGCAAGAACGGCGACAUGGGUUCUGCUCUUGAGCUGUUCCAACGCAUGCCUCAGAGAGAUAUAGUUUCAUGGACCAGUAUCAUCAAUGGGUUUGGGAAGAAUGAGUACUACCAAGAGUCAAUUUGGUAUUUCGAGAAGAUGAUGAUGGAAGGUCUCGUGAGACCCAACGAGUCUACUUUGGUCAGUGUCCUCUCUUCAUGUGCCAGUUCGGAUCAAGGAGGAGCACUUACUCAAGGGAAGCAGAUCCAUGGCUACAUUACCAGGACUGAGACUGAAGUGACAGUAUUUCUGGGAACGGCACUUGUAUCCAUGUAUGGUAAGACAGGGUGUUUGGCAAGUGCUCUUAGAGUCUUCAACGGAAUGGAAAUGAAGGGGGUGUGCACAUGGAACGCUAUGAUCUCUUCGUUGGCUUCUAAUGGCAAAGAGAAAGAGGCUCUGAAUAUGUUUGAUAAGAUGAAGCAGGAGGGUCUGCAACCAAAUGAGGUAACAUUUGUGACAGUGUUGACUGCUUGCGCUCGUGCCCAACUCGUCGAUUUGGGGUUGGGAUUGUUUCAGUCGAUGCUGAAUGAAUGCCAGGUUUAUCCGAGGAUGGAGCACUAUGGCUGCGUGGUCGAUCUAUUGGGCAGAGCAGGGCGUCUGGAAGCGGCGGUUGAAGUUAUUAGGGGUAUGCCUUUUGAGGCUGAUGCUACUGUUAUGGGGGCAUUUCUGGGUGCCUGCAAGGUUCAUGGAGCUGUGGCUUUGGCGACUGAAGUAGGAAAGAGGAUAAUCGAAUUGCAGCCACGACACUGCGGGAGAUACGUAGUCUUGUCCAAUAUUUAUGCAGGUGCAGGAAGAUGGGGCCAUGCUUCUGCGAUGAGGAAAGCCAUGAUUGAGGCUGGAAUUAGGAAGAUCCCAGCUUAUAGUUGGCUUGAAUCCUAGUGAACCACCAUUUCGUUCUUUGCAAUAAGCUACGGUAGCUACCCCUUUUGCUGAUUGCCUCAAGCAAAAGCUAGAGGCAGGAAAAUAUUUUGCUUUAACACCUUGAUACACAAAACCUCAUUGUUUCAUACAAGAUACAACAGUCAGGUUAUGGUCCUACAACUCCCAUUGACUUGGGCAUGCACAUAGAUUCCCAAGCUAUAGGACAGAGCUUUCUAUAAUAAGGCAUUUCUUCUUGUCCAUUUCCUUGUGAGCAUCUCUUAUGGUUGCUAGUGAUGGAUCAAAAUCGUCUACGACCUAUGGUAUUGGCAGAGGUUGGCGGAGGUUGGCGGAGGGUGGUUUAUCUGUUGACACAUGGCGUCAUAAU